CCACCGACCGGCAGCAGUCGGCAGUCAGUCGGCGAAAGAGCUCCGGCGCACACAGAUCGAUCUCCGCGCUCCGUCCGUUCCCCCCGAGAGUUGUCCACACCCAGGAUGAGAUUGCACAGCCUGCUGCCGCUCCUGGCGCUCCUCGCCGUCCAGGCGGCCGGUCAGAGUGAUGUCGCCUCCGAAGAUCCCGCAGCGGAUGCCGGACCAACGACCAACACCUCCACGGACACCAAGCCAAGGAUUCCCACCGCGGAGGAGAUCCUCGGCCAGAUUCCGCAAAUCCCACCGAUCCGCACUGGCCAUCCCCAGAUGGACGCCUUCUACAUGAUGUUCCCGGCGCUGGGCAGCCUCCUCCGCUGGGGCAGCCUGUUCCCGGCCCACUCGAUCCUGGGCGCCGUGCCCGAUACCCUCCAGCCCUCGGCAGCCGCCUCCAAGGUGGUGCUCGUCCUGGCCGAAGAUGCCACGGCCAAGACGCGAGUGGCCCGUCAGAAUCCCCCGUCCAAUCCCCUGGGCCAGCUGAUGAGCUGGCCGGGUCUGCCGCAGGACUUCCAGAUGCCUGCCAUACCCGCCAUGCCCGACUUUGGCCCGCAGGUGGGUUCGUUUUUGUCCCAAAUGCCGACCUUGCCGACAAUGCCCGGUCUCCUGGGUGCCGCUGCUCCAGUUCCUGCUCCGGCUCCAGCUGCCGACCCUGCUCCUCCGGCCCCAGCUCCAGCUGCCGAUCCGCCAGCACCCCCCAGCACUCCCGACAGCCCUGUGGCCCAGCAACCCAUCCUUAGUCAGGCCGCCCUGCAGAACGCCUUCUCCCUCCUGAACCCGGCGAACUUUGAUCCCAAUGUACUCGGUCAGAGUCUUUCCCAGGCUCUUCCCCAGCUCUCCCAGAUCCCCCAGAUGCCCCAGCUUUCGCAGCUUGCCCAGGCUGCUCCCCAGCUGCCCCCGGCCAAUAUGGACUUUGUGGCCCAGAUGCAGAGGCAGUUCUUCCCGGCGUUGUCGCAACAGCCCGCUGGAACGGAUGCCCAGGCCUCCGAUAUAUCCGAGGUGAGGGUGCGUCCCGAGGCGCAGAUGGCCCAGCAGAAGAUCAAGUCGGCACUGGAGAGGCAGCAGGAGCAGGAGCAGGAGCAGGAGCAGAGUCUGGAGCAGGUGCCCCUUCUCUGGUUCCGAAUGCCCACCACCCAGAGCCAGAAUGCGGGGGAGGAGAAGACACUGGAAGACCUGCAAGUGGAGGCCAAGCUGAGGGCCUUCGAGCGCCAGGUGAUAGCCGAGUUGAAAAUGCUGCAGAAGAUCGAGCUGCUGGCCAAGCAGAUGAGGUCCAGUGCCGCCGCGCAGUCCGGAGACUCUGCCUACCGGGUUAGCUAUCCCCUCAGUCGCACGCCCGUGCACAAGAUCACACGAGCCGACAUCGAGCAGGCUCUGCGGGAUGACUAUGUCCGGCGACUGGUCAACAAGGAGGCCCAGCGCAAGGCCAAGAACCAGCCAGGCUACGCCAACCAGAAGGCGAACGGCCUGAAGCGCCAGACCAAGGCCCAGGAUCAGCCACUGUCCAAGGAGGACAUCGUCCAGAUCAUGGCCUAUGCCUACCGCAUGGCCAACGAGCAGAUGGAGAGCGAGAAGGGCAAGCAGGACAAGAUGUACGCGGCCUACAGGACCGGCGAGGGUCAGCGGGCCCAGGAGCAGAGGCAGUGGUCGGAGGAUCAGGCCAAGAUCCAGCAGAAUGAGCAGCAGAGGCAGAUGGCGCAGAAUCCGCAGAUGAUCCAAACGAUGCAGCAGCAGCGACAGUGGACGGAGGAGCAGGCCAAGAUCCAGCAUGACCAACAGAUGGUCCAGCAAAACCCCAUGAUGAUGCAGCAGCGGCAGUGGUCAGAGGAUCAGGCCCAGGCCGAGAGAAUGGCCCAACAGAAUCCCAUGAUGAUGCAGCAGAUGCAGCAGAGACAGUGGACCGAGGAUCCCCAAAUGGUGCAGCAGAUGCAGCAGAGGCAGUGGGCCGAGGAUCAGGCCCGCAUGCAGCAGCAGAGGCAGAUGGCGCCAGAGCAAAGACAAUGGACCGAGGAGCAGGCCCAGCAGAUGGCGCAGCAGAACGCCAAUGCCAUGAUGAUGCAGCAGAUGCAGCAGAGGCAGUGGUCCGAGGAUCAGGCGCAGAUCCAGCAGCAGAGGCAGAUGAUGCAACAGAAUCAGGCGAUGAUGAAGCAGCGCCAGUGGGCCCAGGAGAACCCGCAGGCCUUCCAGCAGCCCAUGUCCACGAUGGCGAUGCAGCAACCACGAAUGGAGGAGACUCCCACGAUGAUGGAAGAGAAUAACAACCAGGGCGAGAUCAUACUUGGCGAGGCUGGUCCCCAGAUGGAGGAGAACGAGGGAACCGCCCGGCACAAAGUGGAUCCCCUGGGAGUCGGUGGCAACAAGCGCAAGAAGUCCAAGUCCAAGUCCCAUGCGUCGCCGCCCGCGGUGAUCAACUACUACUACCCGGCGCCGGUGCAGCGUCCCGCGGCCCAGGGCUACGGAAGCAGCUAUGGAACGAGCUACGGAGGCGGUGGUUACGGAUCGAAUGCCUAUGGAGUGACCUAUCCAUCGAACGUCUACCAAAAUCCGGGCUACCGGGCAGCCGUGGGCAACGAUGAGGUGGACUCCAUGCUGCGCCAGCAUCAAACGUUGGCCAGGACAAUAAACCCCCAGCCACAGCCAGGCCAAGUCGGUGGAUCGGAGAGGCAGGAGAGCAGCUCUAAUCCCCCAUUGGCGACGACACCAGCUCCCCAGGAGCAAGCACAGUCACAACCGCAAGAGCAUCGAGUCCAAAAAAGGUUAGCCAUCUUCCACAGGUUUGGGCGGGGCAUUGGGUUGGAGAAUACCACAUCCAAGGGUUGCGGAUGCGGCAGGUUGGACUGCCUGUGUGGCAGGAGCUGUCAGUGCGGCAGAUCGGGAUCAGGAGCCGGAGCCGGAGCAGUCAGGUCCAGGGGAUCGUGCCAGUGCAAGGCCAACCGCCGGAGCAAACGGAGCGUGGAGUACGGCACCCUGGAGACCAUCGAUGAGGGCUCCCUCAACGAACUGCGGCGGGAGUACAAGAUGGGCCUGAAAGAGAUCACCCUGAGUCCCGACGAAGAUCCCGCCGAGGCGCUGAUGCGCUACAACGCGGCCUCCAUUCGCGAGGCUCUGGAGCGGGCCAGCAUGGAGCCGCUGGAGAUCGGAGGAGAUCAGUACGAAGAGGGAGCGCCUCAGGAGGCCGUGGAGGAGGAGCCACUGCAGCAUGAUCCCAAUGCCGGGCACCAGUACAAUCACCAGGACUUUGUGCGUCUAACCACUUCUACAGCGGCUCCCACGACGAGCACCACAGAAGCCACCACGCCAGGAGCCAGUGAAACCAGCACAGAAGCCAGUGUCACAACCACAGAAAGUCCCAGGGAUGAGGACAUCGAGAUGCAGCAGGACUCGGUGGCUGAGAGCUCCCAUGUGACCAAGUCGAUAUCCAAGCAGGAGCAGGAGAUCCAUCAGCUGCAUAAGAUUGUGGACCAGCUGAAGCGGGAGAUCCUCAAGCUGCACCGCAGAUGCAAUAGGAUAAUAUCCAACAAUGUGGUUAAAGAAGAAGUGGUCACCAAAAGGGAACCAUCCAAAGUGGAGCAGGAGUCAUCCAGGCAGGCGGCGAAGCCCAAGGUGGAGGAGGUAAAGAACGAGGGAGAGCCAGCAACAGUGGAGCAGGAGGAGGAGCAGGAAGAGGACGAGGAUGCCGAGGGCGCAAGUAGCUCCAGCACCACCACCACCAGCACAACCACAGAGACUCCACCAACGAAUCCUCCAAAGCCAGAGACCAAAUCCCAGACUGCCCAGGCCAAGGCCCAGGUGGAUGAGCCAAGUGGGUCCACCAAUAAACUGGACUACGAGGACGACACCAAUUGGCAGCGCAUUCUGGCCAACCGGGGCUACGACACGGAUUACCUGACCAAGAACCACGAGACGCAGUUUGCCCAAGGCCAGAACCUGGAGAUGCCCAAGCCCUGCAACUACGACAACCAUGGCAGCCAGGAGUACGGCCCCUAUCCGGAGUUCCAGGCGGAUGAGCCCCAUGUCGCGGCGGAAACGGAGGGCAAGACCAAGAGGGCCUUGAGUGUGAAGCAGCAGGCGCAGCUCCUGAAUGCGGCCCUAAAUGAUGGUGGUAUCGAUGCGAGUGAUUCACCCACCACGCCCACACCCUACGCCCUGAGGGGAAAGUUUGUGCGUCGCAGGCGGACGCCCAGUCCGAGGAUCAGGAAGGAGAGCGACGACGGUUGGGUGCGCUCCACGCGCCAAGUGAAAAUGCCCCAGCGACCCAAAAAGUCCGUGCCCUUGGCCAAGAAGGUCACCGCACAGGUCACCACACAGGCCACCGUGAGCAGCACCAAGCUGGACAGUCUGGUGGAUGUGCUCAAGGAUCUGCUGCGCCUGCAAAUCCAGAGGGAGAAGAAGUCCAGUCUGCUCGCCAGCCAGAGCAACAGCCUCUCGAAAAGCCCCAAACCCAUCAAGCCCAUCAAAGUCAUCAAGCGCAAGAGGUUGCGCAGAAGGCAGCACAAACCCAUGGCCACCACCAUCAGAAGCUCCAUCCAACCCAAAGCAUAAGCAUGACUAACCCCCAUACCCCCAACUAAUCCUAACCAUAGUCUAGAUCAAGUAUUAGCCUACUCACUAAUCAUGCGCCAACCACUCAUGUCCAUCUUUCAUUUGCAUAUCCACCGUCCAUACCGUCAGUUCAUCAUCAGCACCAUCAGAAACCGAAAUCGAAAUCGAAAACGCACCUCCAUCCGACCCCCAAGUGGGCUCCAUUUA